UUAUUCGUCGCCGGCCGCUCACAAAUUUUCUUGCUUUUUUCAAAGCUGAAUCCUCUCAAACACGCCGGAGAAGAUCGCCGUCGCCGUCACCGUCAUGGCACCAAAGAGAGAAAGAACCAAACCGACUGAGACAGAACACGCACCGAAGAGAGUCACUAGGAGCUCGACUCGGCUUAAUGGCACUCAAUCUGAACUCGCGGUGACUCAAACCUCGCCGAUCAAGAAGAAGACGCCUAAGAAGAAAGUUCCUGUUAAGGUCAAGAAAACGCCCGUUAAAGAGGUUCCAGUUUCUGCUGCUUCUAAGGUUCCCGAUGUUUUGAAGUCGAAAACGAUUGUCAUCGAGCACUGCAAACAAUGCAAUGCAUUCAAAACAAGAGCUUUUCAAGUGAAGGAUGGUUUGGAAAAAGGUGUUAGCGGCGUCACAGUCAUUGUCAAUCCAGAAAAGCCAAGAAGAGGUUGCUUUGAAAUUCGAGACGACGAGGGAAAAAAAUUCAUCAGCCUUCUGGAGAUGAAGCGACCAUUUUCGGCGAUGAAGGAACUUGACAUGGACAAUGUGAUUGCAGACAUUGUCGAGGAUAUAAAGUAGAGUGAUAAUUGACUUGUUUUAUUAUUAUUAUUAGAUGAUGAAGAUGAAGUGGAUUCAUUGGAAACUAAGGUAGGCAAUCUUUUUAUUUUGGUGUGGUGAAAUGUUGCUUAGGGAUUAUUUGAUUGUCUUUUUUCUCUCUUUUAACUAGAUUGGAAUUUAUUAAUACUUAAUUAUUAAUCUUUAUAACUUGCUGGGUUGCCUUUGA